GCCCCGGAGCCAUCSUCGCCGCCGCUCGCUCCGCCCUGUGUGUGUCUGUGUGUGCUCUGGCUCUCGACGGCAAUUCCUGCUGCGCCACAGCCAUGGCGGCGCUGACGGUGAAAGCCUACCUGCUGGGCAAGGAGGAGACGACCCGCGAGAUCCGCCGCUUCUCCCUGUCGCCGCCCGUCCGCUACCGGGCCAUCUACGACCGCGUCGCCGAGCUCUUCCAGGGGCUGCUGCGGGCCGGGCCGCCGCCCGCCUUCCGCAUGCACUACAAGGAUGAGGACGGGGACCUGAUCGCUUUUUCCACCGACGAGGAGCUGGAGUUGGCGAUACCAUACGUGCGGGAUGGCGUUUUCCGUGUUUACAUCAAAGAGAAAAAGGAAUGCAAGCGUGAGCACCGCGCGCAGUGCAGCCAGGAGCCUCCCCGCAAYAUGGUGCACCCCAAUGUCAUCUGUGAUGGCUGUGAGGGACCUGUGGUGGGGACCAGGUUCAAGUGCAGUGUCUGUCCAGACUACGACCUGUGCAGCACCUGUGAGGGGAAAGGAAUGCACAAGGAGCACAACAUGCUCAUGUUCCAGAGCCCACUGCUCAAUCCAUUUGAGUGGCUCCCCCGAGGACGCUGGCUCCGUAAAAUGCGCCAUGGUGUUCCACCCUUCCCRUGGAUGCACUGCUGGGGAUAUCCUGGGCCUGCAGCUCCCUGCCAGAACUCUGAGCAAGCUGAMGCCGCCGCUGCAGCCCCCAGUGCACCCGCUGCAGAAGAAGCUUCUACUAACAGCCAGCCUCAGGACCCUAAUGUCACCUUCCUAAAGAAUGUUGGGGAGAGUGUUGCAGCUUUUCUGAGCCCCCUGGGUAUUGAAGUUGAUAUUGAUGUGGAACAUGGAGGACAGAGAAGCAAAGUGACUCCCACUUCUACCAACCAAGAGAAGACCAAUGCUGAGGCAACCAACAGUGCUCCAACCCAGAACGGUCAGACCAAAGCAGACUGGAAUAACACAGACUCUGCUACACAAGUAAAUGUCGUUGCAGAACAGAUACAAGACAUGGUGAUAGAUCCUGUGCCCACACAAAUGGAAGAUGGCGGUUUCCACUCCCAGGAACACAGUGAGUCUAGCAGUUCAUCAGGGGGUGAGGAGGACUGGACCCACUUAUCGUCCAARGAAGUGGAUCCUUCCACAGGUGAACUGCAGUCUCUGCAGAUGCCAGACACAGACGGUCCCAGCUCCCUGGAUGUGCCUCGGGAUCCUCCCCCACCAGGACCUACGGGCCUGCGAGAAGCUGCCCUCUACCCCCACCUUCCCCCAGAAGCAGACCCUCGCCUCAUCGAGUCCCUGUCCCAGAUGCUYUCCAUGGGCUUCUCUGAUGAGGGCGGAUGGCUCACUCGGCUCCUGCAGACCAAGAACUGCGACAUUGGGGCAGCACUCGAUGCCAUYCAGUAUUCUAAGCAGCCCCCCCACUUGUAGUAGUAACAAAAAGCUCUUUUCUAGCUGAAAGAAGAUAAUGCAGCACAAGUUAUUGUUGGUUCAUCUUUCUUCCUACUAUGGAUUUCUUUCUCAUGUUCUUAAAUGCUUGUAGAAUGGAGGAAAAAUAAAUACUACUGCAUGUGA